UCUUCUUGUAGUAACAUCUACUGUAAUUUUAUUAAAUUCUUCAAGAUUUUUCUGAGAUUUGAACAUGAAGAACACCACUGAAGUUACCAUGUUUAUACUGAAGGGCUUCACAGAUGACCUUGAACUGCAGAAGAUUCUCUUCUUCCUGUUCUUAACAAUCUACCUCUUUACCCUCGUGGGGAAUGUAGGACUGGUUGUAUUGGUCAUUGGGGAUUCCAGGCUCCACAAUCCCAUGUACUACUUUCUGAGUGUGCUGUCUUCUGUGGAUGCCUGCUAUUCUUCAGUUAUUACUCCCAACAUGUUAGUAGAUCUUAUGUCAGAGACCAAAGUAAUUUCAUUCCAUGGCUGUGCAGCACAGAUGUUUCUCGCCGUAACUUUUGGGACCACGGAAUGCUUUCUCUUGGCUGCCAUGGCCUAUGACCGCUAUGUGGCGAUCUACAACCCUCUCCUGUACUCAGUGAGCAUGACACCCAGGGUCUAUGUGCCGCUCAUCAUUGCUUCCUACGUUGCAGGCAUUUUACAUGCUACUAUACACACAGGGGCCACCUUCAGCCUGUCUUUCUGCGCAUCUAAUGAAAUCAGACAUUUCUUUUGUGACAUCCCUCCUCUCCUUGCUAUCUCCUGUUCUGACACUCACAUAAACCAGCUUCUACUCUUCUACUUUGCUGGUUCUAUUGAGAUUGUCACUAUCCUGAUUGUCCUGAUCUCCUAUGGUUUCAUUCUGUUGGCCAUUCUAAGGAUGCGCUCUGCUGAAGGGAGGCGAAAAGUCUUCUCUACCUGUGGUUCUCACCUAACUGGGGUGUCCAUUUUUCAUGGGACUGUGCUCUUUAUGUAUGCGAGACCAAGUUCUAGCUACACUUUGGAGCAUGACAUGAUAUUGUCAAUAUUUUACACCAUUGUGAUUCCCAUGCUGAAUCCUAUUAUCUACAGUUUAAGGAACAGAGAUGUAAAAGAGGCAAUGCGAAAAAUGCUUGGGAAAUUUUGGUUUAUCAAUAAAAUGUACUUUUCACUCUGA